AUGAAUGAUAUAGCACGAGGCGAUAUAACACGAGGUAAUAUACCACAAGGUGAUAUAACACGAGGCGAUACAACACGAGGUAAUAUAUCACAAGAUGAUACAACACGAGGCGAUGUUACACGAGGUGAUAUAACACGAGGCAAUAUAACACAAGGCGAUAUAACACGAGGUGAUAUUACAGAAGGUGAUAUGACACGAGGUGAUAUAACAUGAGGUGAUAUAACACGUAGUGAAAUAGCGUGUAGCAAUGCAGCAUGUAGUAAUCUAUCAGUUCAGAACCUAAAGGGAUUUCUUUGUGGUCAUAUAACGUGUAAGACUAUAAAAUUUAAAUCCCCUACAUAUUUUAUAAAUGCCUCCACUGUUAUCUUAAAACAACGAUUUUUCAUUUAAACAUUAUAAGUCUAGUUAAUACAGUUCGUGGUAUCCAUACGGGAGAACGACAUAGACGCGUUGAUGGAAUCUGUGCCAUAUAUGGCGACGGGAUCCGUGUCAGCGAUAAAACUGUUGAACCAUAAUAUCAACAGAAAGAAGUUCGAGAACUUAUUCGAUCGAAUGUGCAGGCAGUGGGAGAUCUCUGAGAUCAACGGCGAAAUACACGUCCUGAACGAAGUCACUGAGCAGGGAACUAAAAUGGGUGCUCUAUACAGAACUUCCCUAUGGGUGUUUAUGUUACUAUUCUUGUCUCUGCCGUUGUCUGCCCCGAUACUGGACUUUGUUUCACAGUCCAACAAAACUCGAACAAAGAUACCGUUGUUCAAGUUGAAUUACAUCGUAAAUACCGACGACUACUUUUACUUCGUGUAUCUGCAUUCGGUUUGUUGUUCACUGACGAUAGUGAUAGUUAUAAUCGCUAUGGAUUCCUUGUACAUGGUUAUCUUUCAUUACAUCUGUGGAGUAUUUGCUCUGUGCGGGUACCAAAUAAAGAAGGCAGCGGAAACCAUGGAAAAGAAUAGGACUUUAAGAAGUGAGCAUCAAUAUCAUUUGUUCAGACGUUGCGUGAACACUCAUCAUGAAGCUAUCAAAUUUUACGAGUACAUGAACGAAAGCACUCGCACCAGUUAUUUGUUUCAAGUCGGUCUGAACAUGCUGGGAAUUACUUCAACAGCCGUUCAAGCAGUAAUGAACUUUGAUCAACCGCAAGAGGCGUUUAGAAUUAUUAUGUUCCUACUGGGCCAACAGUUUCAUUUGUACACCUUGAGUUUGCCUGGACAAGUACUUCUGGAUCGAAGCUCCGAGUUGUCCGAGAAUAUGAAAGAUAUUUUCAGAUACUUUUCCAAAUGGCACGAAGUACCCGUGAAAUUUCAGAAAGUGCUUCACAUAAUGUUAGUCAGAGCCAGCAGACCGUGUAUGUUGUCAGCAGGAGGAAUAUACGAAAUGAACAUGGAAAAUUUUGGUUCGAUUGUUAAGACGUGCGUGUCGUAUUUUACAAUUCUGCUGUCGCUGAGGGACUGACUUGUCAACGACGGUCGCAAGUUGUCACGGAAAAAGAUUUCAAUCUCCAAACGGCAGUAUUGUAUAAAGUAGCAAAAAAUCUCCAUUCAUUACUUUUAUUAAAUUAUAAUUCGUUAUAUUAUUAGAAUUCUGUAGUAGCAUUUUAGAUAAAUAUAAAAUGAUGACACUACAAGAAUUUUAUAUAAAUUCUCACAUUCUAAAACUCUGAGCAUUAACAAUUUUCUUAGUUCCCUUUUGAAUCCUCUCCAGAAACAUUCUACAUUUGAAAAUUUGGAG